AAACUUUCACUAAAAGUAGGAUAAUAGAUUUUAUGAAUCCACCUAAUAUUUAUUAUGGCUUCUAGUGAGGUAUCAUCUGCGAACAACAUAGUGUAUCAAUAUUAUAAUUGUUUAAUAUUGUGGAGACAUAAAUUUAUCAGGGAAGAUCUGUGGGUGAGAAAUGGCAUCAUUCUUGAUCCUAAAAUGUUGUUCUUUGAUGAAUGUAAGAAACCUGACAUUAGAAUUGACUGCCAUGGAUUAUACAUAGUCCCAGGAUUCAUUGAUGUUCAAAUAAAUGGGGGUUUUUCAGUCGACUUUUCUUCUCACGAAAAUGUUGAAGAAGGAAUUCAAAAAGUUGCAAAAGGUCUUCUCAGUUAUGGUGUCACUUCAUUCUGUCCUACUAUUGUUACCUCCCCUCGUGAUGUCUAUCAUAAGAUGAUUCCAAGGAUAAAAAUAAGAAAUGGAUCAAAAGAUGGAGCUGGUGUACUGGGCAUCCACGUAGAAGGACCCUUCAUAAGCAAAAAGAAAAAAGGUGCUCACCCAGAAGACUACAUCAUUGAGCCAUCAAAUGGCAUUAAAACAGUUGAGGAUGUGUAUGGUAGCUUGGAAUGUAUAAAAAUGUUGACUAUUGCUCCUGAGCUCCCAAAUGCAUCAGAGGUUAUAAAACAACUGGUUCAAAGAGGGAUUGUUGUUUCAUUAGGUCACUCUGUUGGAAAUGUGCUACAGGCUGAGGCAGCAGUCAAUAAUGGUGCAUCAUUCAUAACUCACCUUUUCAAUGCUAUGUUACCAUUUCACCAUAGAGAUCCUGGCAUUGUUGGACUUCUUACAAGUAGUAAAAUAGCAAAGAACAGGAAAAUAUAUUAUGGAAUGAUAACAGAUGGAAUACAUUCACAUCCAGCAGCUUUGAGAAUUGCUCAUAGAGCAAAUCCAGAAGGUUUGGUUUUGGUCACUGAUGCUAUUUCUGCAAUGGGUUUGCCACCUGGUGUCCACAAGUUAGGACAACAGAGUCUCACCAUUAGUGGAUUCACUGCACAUCUCACAGGAACUGAUACUCUUGCUGGAAGUGUCGCUACCAUGCCCUAUUGCAUCAAACAUUUCCACAAAGCAACUGGAUGUUCUAUGGAACAAGCAAUUGAAGCUGCAACCUUGCAUCCUGCAGAAAGCUUACACAUUGAUGAUAAAAAGGGAACUUUGGAAUAUAGAUCUGAUGCUGACUUUGUAAUGAUUGACGAGUCUUUCAAAAUUCUCAAGACAUUCAUAGCUGGUGAAAUGGUGUACAGUUGUGAUUAGAUAAAAAAUAUUAUGUCAUGUUGCUAUUAUUUCACCGUUACUGCUUGCCAAAUCAUCUUUAUAUUGCUUCUUAGUAGCACCAUGUUCCAUCAAUUCCACUGAGGUUAUAUUUUACAUAAUAGUGUCUGGUAUUUGUGAUUGAUUUAAAAAAAAUGUUAUUAUUUAGGAUAUGUUGAAAUAUGUGUAAUUUCUCUCACUAGUUAAAACCAAUUAAUUGUUUUGACAUUUUCUUGGCAUUGUGCCUGAGUGUUUAUGGUGGACAAAGACUGUAAUAAGAAUCAUAAAAUCACUUUCCCGAAUAUCGGGAUCAAGCUUUCUGGUUAUAUUGUGAAUAAUAUAAGAAAAUGAUUUUUCUUUUUGUGCAAUAUGACACUUGUUUAAUUCGAGAGUCACUGUGAUUGAUUUUAAUUGUUCAUAAUAUUAAUAUAUAUGUGCCUAUCAUAAA